AUGUUAAUUGCUGAGAGGAUGUCUUCCGGGCUGACGGCUUUGUGGGCGGUGCUGCCGCUGUCGGUGCAGUUGCUGGGAUCUGGUGGCUUGGAGGUCUCGAGCUCCGUUGUGCCGUCUCUGUCGCUGUUGCUCUCAAGAACAGCAGUGUUGCAGCGACAAGAUAAUGCCUUGCUGCAGCCGCUGUCCACUACCCGCCUUCAGGGUUUCCUGAUGGAGCUUCUGCAAGUGCUCCUCAAAAGGCUGGCAGAGGUGGAUAUGCUGAUGGGGGCGGCGGAGCAGCAGCAGGAGCAACAGCAGCAGCAGCAGGUCGUCUACAGCAGCUUGGACGAUGAGGAGCUCGAGCAACUGUGCUCUUACAAGGAGGUAAUUCAAGAUUCCUUCACCCGCUGCCAAGCGACCUUUUGCUGCGGCUGCCUCUCCUGCCCACAGUAG